AAGCAUCGAUUCUUCCCACCACCGAAUCUGACCCGUUCUGCGUAUAUAUCAUGGGAUCAACAUACCUACACCGCCACGACCGGCCACGGGCUAGCGACCGAAGGUGAUCGGCACGCGAGACAUGGCGCCACACACGAUUGCAGCCAUGCACGGCGUCGUGCGCCACCACCCUCGCCACCGCGUUCCACGACCGCCCCGCCACUGCUCCCACGGCCACGGCCACGGCCGCGGCUUCAGCGUCGUCCGCGCCACCGCCGCCGCGACGACGGACUCGCUGUCCGCGGCGUUCUGGGACUACAACCUCCUCUUCCGGUCUCAGCGCGCCGAGUCCCCCGACCCCAUCCUGCUCCGCGUCACCGAGGGCGCGAUCCCGUCGGACUUCCCGGCGGGCACCUACUACCUCGUCGGCCCCGGGCUGUUCUCCGACGACCACGGCUCCACCGUGCACCCCCUCGACGGACACGGCUACCUCCGCUCCUUCCGCUUCGACACCAACCGCACCGUGCACUACUCCGCGCGGUACGUGGAGACGGCGGCGAAGAGGGAGGAGAAUGCGGACGACGCGUCGUGGCGGUUCACGCACCGGGGCCCCUUCUCUGUGCUGCAGGGCGGGAGCAGGGUGGGCAACGUGAAGGUGAUGAAGAACACGGCUAACACCAGCGUGCUGCGGUGGGGCGGCCGCCUGCUCUGCCUCUGGGAGGGCGGCGAGCCGUACGAGCUGGACCCGCGGACGCUGGAGACCAUCGGCCCGUUCGACCUGCUCGGCCUCGGCGACGGCACCGACGAGGUGGCAAGAGACAACAGAGAGGUUACCCGCCGGCGCCGGCGGCCGUGGCUGCAUGAGGCCGGGAUCGACGUGGCCGCGCGCCUGCUGCGACCGGUCCUUAGUGGUGUGUUCAGCAUGCCAGCCAAGAGGCUGCUCGCCCACUACAAGAUCGACCCGCGGACGAACCGGCUCCUGAUGGUGGCCUGCAACGCCGAGGACUUGCUCCUCCCGCGCUCCAACUUCACUUUCUACGAGUUCGACGCCAACUUCGCGCUGGUGCAGAAGCGCGAGUUCGUCGUGCCGGACCACCUGAUGAUCCACGACUGGACCUUCACGGACAGCCACUACGUCCUCCUCGGCAACCGAAUCAAGCUCGACAUUCCCGGGUCGCUGCUGGCGCUGACGGGCACUCACCCGAUGAUAGCAGCCCUCGCCGUGGACCCGAGCAGGCAAUGCACGCCGGUGUACCUGCUGCCGCGCUCCCCGGAGGCCGAGGCAACCGGCCGCGACUGGAGCGUGCCGAUCGAGGCGCCGUCGCAGAUGUGGUCCAUGCACGUCGGCAACGCCUUCGAGGAGAGGAACGCCCGAGGCGGCCUCAACAUACGGCUGCACAUGUCAGGCUGCUCCUACCAGUGGUUCCACUUCCACAGAAUGUUUGGCUACAACUGGCUGAACAAGAAGCUGGACCCGUCGUUCAUGAAUAUAGCCAAGGGCAGGGAAUGGCUGCCUCGCCUUGUUCAGGUCUCAAUCGACCUUGACAAGAGAGGGGCGUGCCGGGGAUGCUCCGUCAGGAGACUGUCCGAUCAGUGGACUAGGCCGGCAGACUUCCCGGCGAUCAACCCAAGCUUCGCCAACCGGAGGAGCAAGUUCAUCUACGCAGGCGGUGCCUCCGGUUCGCGAAGAUUCCUACCAUAUUUCCCCUUCGAUAGUGUGGUGAAGGUAGAUGUCUCCGACGGAUCAGUGCGGUUGUGGUCAGCCGAGGGGCGCAAGUUCGUUGGCGAGCCGGUUUUCUUCCCGACCGGCGGUAGGGAGGACGACGGCUAUGUUCUGCUUGUAGAGUAUGCAGUAUCGGAUCACAGAUGCCAUCUGGUGGUGCUGGAUGCAAGGAAGAUCGGAGAAAGGAAUGCAAUUGUGGCAAAGCUUGAGGUGCCCAAGCACCUCACCUUCCCGAUGGGAUUCCAUGGGUUCUGGGCAGAUGAAUGACGCUACAAACAUCCAAUCUAACUCUACUGAAGCCAAAAGGCAAAAGCAGACGCCAAUCGAUCAAACACAUACAGGGUUCUGCGUAAAAGUCUGUUCAAGUGUUGAUAUGAAUAAAAAAAAUGUAAAUUUUGAUCCUUUCUUGUACGUUGAGCAU